ACUCGCCUCCUCUUUUCCGCUUCCGGUGUCCCCCGACAGCCAUGGCCGCCGCCGCUGCAGUCGCGGGUCCUGCGGCGCCCCUGCCCCCGGACGAAUUGCUUCCGAAAGGCGAUGCCGAGAAGACUGAGGAGGAGCUGGAAGAGGAAGACGACGAUGAGCUAGAUGAGACCCUGUCGGAGAGACUCUGGGGUCUGACGGAGAUGUUUCCGGAGAGGAUACGGUCCGCGGCUGGAGCCACUUUUGAUCUUUCGCUCUUUGUGGCUCAGAAAAUGUACAGGUUUUCCAGGGCAGCCUUGUGGAUCGGGACAACUUCCUUCAUGAUCCUGGUUCUUCCUGUUGUCUUUGAGACCGAGAAGUUGCAAAUGGAGCAACAGCAGCAACUGCAGCAGCGGCAGAUACUUCUAGGGCCUAACACAGGGCUGUCAGGAGGAAUGCCAGGGGCUCUACCUUCACUUCCUGGAAAGAUCUAGAUUGUUGUAGUUCACCUGAGGAGGAAAAGUUUGAAAAUUCAAUAGUGUUUGAACUGCUGAUUUUUUUUUUUUUUUAACUUUGGCACAUUGAUCUAUCUAAAUCUAGUUGGGAGAAUUCUCCCCACAUUGUCUUAUGGAGAGACUCCCAACUUGCAACUGUGCCCUCCACGCUGUCCUUAUUUCUGUCCUCACUCUGAUACCAGAGUGCGGCAAUGCAGACGGUUACUCCAGCUCUGGCCAUCCCACCUUUCACUGAAUUACUCCUGACCAGAUCUCAGUAUCUCAUUGUGGGGUAGGAACAGGUGCCAUUGGGAAAGAUGUACCCCUGACCAUUAAUGACUGUUUUUUGUUUUGAAGAAUGGAGGUGUUGGGGAGGGUGGCACACACUAUAUGAAAUACAAAAUGCGUUACAGCUGUAGUGUAAAAGCAGGCACUGAAUUCCUCUGUAUGUUGGAAAAGAGGGAGGGCCAGCAGCAGCUUUGACCACAGGAUGGGGACUGUGGAGGACAGAGCAGGAGCUCAUUUCCUCUGCACAUGUUGGCUGUUAGACCUGUGUGUGUGUAAAAAAGUCAGUGCUCACUUUUUGUAUUUAAAUAUUAAAAAUUAUUCCAACCAAAA